CACAACAUUUUCCACGCCAACAAUCCAUUCCGUGCCAUUGUUGAAAAUUCGUACGAGGGAUUUCACCCCUCCGCAUCUCUUCUUCAACAAAAUAAUCAACAAACAACGCAGCCGAGAAUCUCCCCCGCCUACAAUCAAAUUUUCGAAAUGGAAAACGAAGCAGCAGCAGAGUAUCACGACGCUUACGAACAUUUCACAGAUAAACCCAACGAAAACGCAAUCAUCGCUAAAGAUGAGGAUUUUGGCGAGGGUGAUGAUGUGUGCCCCAUCUGUUUGGACACCUUCACCAUCCCAUGCAAAUCCAAUUGUGGUCACUUGUUUUGCGGGGGUUGCGUUCUGCAAUUGUGGAUGUAUAGAUACUCGAUUCAGCCCUGCAAAUGCCCGUUGUGUUGCUGCAGAAUCGUGAAUUUGGAGGUGCAACCUUCUGAAGAAGCCGAUAAUGGCGGUCGGGUGAGAAAGGAAGUGCAGCACUACAAUGGCCUCUACAUCCCUGGCCUCUUUGGCUCUCUCCAUACAUUACCAUUACUAAUGGGGAGGAUAUUCAGAGUUCUAGUGGAUCUUGAUUAUUUGAGAGCCAUCUACUACGUACUGCGCAUCAUCGGGUUAUUUCUUGGAUUCGUCUAUGAACUGCUCGAGUUUGAGUUUUUACCAACCGGAGGGCUGGGAAUCCAUAGAAUGUUCGAUCUCAUCGCUAGCUUGCUCGUUGCUGCUCUUUUUGUGGUAGGUGUGGUGUAUAAAUGGACGCUUAAACGUCGUGCCAGGCUCUUGGUAGUCGUAGAUACUUCGCUCAGGAAUGUCACUUGAUUUUGGUGUGUAUGUCCAACGUAACACCAUCGUUACGUGUUGUACUUAAAUAGCAUUUGUAUUAACAUAUAGGUAGUAGAUGUAAAAUGUAAAUUAUAACUGAAUGUAGAAAAAAGUCUGAAUUGCGUGUAUAUAGUAAGUAGAAUGAUGGUUGCUACGCCAUGUUGUUACAUCCCACAUUAAAGUGGAGGACUAUCGCAUAUAUCAAAAUGAUAUAUGUAUAUGUCAUUUUGACAUACAGUAUAUAGAGAAAGAUUUGUUA